AUGUCUUUACCAAGAUUCCAAAAAAUAAACUUUGGGACAUAUGACAAUUAUAUUCCAGUCAGUGAAUUAAGCAAAAAAUCAUGGAAUCAGCAACACUUUGCCCUGGUAUUUCCCAAACCACAGCGGCCAGGAAAAAAAAUAAGAUCAAGACCUUCCCAACUACAAGAUAAUACUUUGAAUAUAUACGAUGAAAACAAAUUAAAGGGAGAUUCUAAACAACCCUUAUGGAUGCACCGUUCUUUAAUGAGAAUUUCUGAAAGACCAUCUGUUUAUUUGGCUGCCAGGAGACAGCCUCCAUAUAAACCAAUCAAACGCGCCCAGGAAGAUGCUGAAGUAGCAGGUGUAGAGAAACCUUUAUCUCCAGCAAUAGGUGAGACAGAUACAAAAGACAAGAAAGCAGACAAGAAAGCAGACAAGAAGGACAAAUCAGAUACAAAGGACAAGGAGUCACCUACAGAAUUAGAAACUGAAAAAGGAGACACCAAGAAAGAUUCAAAAAAAGAUAAGAAAGGUUCACAGAAGGACAAGGAGUCAACUACAGAACUGGAAGCUGAGAAAGGAGACAAAAAGAAAUAUUUUAAAAAAGAUAAGAAAAGUUCAAAGAAGGGCAAGGAGUCAACUACAGAAUCAGAUGCUGAAAAAGGAGACACAAAAAAAGAUUCAAAAAAAGAUAAGAAAGAUUCACAGAAGGGCAAGGAGUCAACUACAGAACUGGAAGCUGAGAAAGGAGACACAAAGAAAGAUUUUAAAAAAGAUAAGAAAAGUUCAAAGAAGGGCAAGGAGUCAACUACAGAAUCUGAAAAUGAAAAAACAGAUGCAAAAAAGGAUAAGGAUGGGAAAAAAGAUACAAAGAAACCCAGUGAAAAAGGUGAUGAAUCAAAGGACAAGAAAGAUGACAAGAAAGACAAUGAUAUAGAACUUGUUGAUUCAAAGGAUUCAAAGAAAGAUGCAAAGAAGGAUUCAAAGAAAGAGGCAAAGAAGGAUUCAAAGAAAGAGGCAAAGAAGGAUUCAAAGAAAGAGGCAAAGAAGGAUUCAAAGAAAGAUGCAAAGGACAAGUAG